AUGCCCCUCAUUUUAAUCUCAGGUUUCCCUUCCGCGGGCAAGACUACCAGAGCCGCCCAGCUAAAGGAAUACUUCGAGUCCAAGAUCGCCAACUCGCCCCCUGAUGCGCGCACUUCUCGUCUCAAGGUCCAUCUCAUCAACGAUCAGACGCUGGGUGUGUCGCGCUCCGUCUAUCAUACCGCCAAAGCCGAGAAGGAUGCACGCGCGGAGGAAUAUUCUGCCGUCAAAAGAGUCCUGUCGCGCGAUAACAUCGUUAUCGCCGAUGGCUUAAACUACAUCAAGGGCUUCCGGUACCAAUUGUACUGCGAAGCCAAGGCUCUCCAGACGCCAAGCUGCGUUCUGCACAUAGGGACGCCGGCUGAACGAUGUCGCGAAAACAACAAGAAGCUCCUAGCGGACAAAGAUAGUGACGGUGGCUAUGAGGAGGAAGACUUUGAGAACCUCAUCUUCCGGUACGAAGAGCCCAAUGGCAUGACGCGAUGGGACAGCCCGUUGUUCAUCGUGGUCGAAGAAGACGAGAAGCCGCCGUGUGAUCAGAUAUGGGAUGCCAUGGUAGGCAGCGACGGCAAGAUGAAGACUGUCAAGCCGAACCUUGCGACAGUGCUGAAACCAGCGACAGAGCAGAACUACCUCUACGAGCUCGACAAGACCACGUCCGAUAUCCUCACUCAGAUAAUGGUAUACCAGAAGGAUCACCCUGGCGAAGGAGGUGGAGAGAUAGCCGUUGCCGAUGUCGAGAAGCCUAUCGAGCUCCCUGCGAUGCCCAUGACGCUACCACAACUCCAACGCAUUCGUCGCCAGUUCAUCACCCUGAACCGUCAACAUAGCUUUUCCAAAGCACGGAUAAAGGAGGUCUUUGUCGACUAUCUGAACGCCGAGUUUCUGCGCUAG